AUGGGGGAAAGCGAACAUUCAUCCCUCAAGCCUUUGCAAAAAGAGUUAGAAGUUCUUGAGUAUGAGGUGCCUUUGGAUAAUAGAGACCUUAAGAAGAUGAUGACUUCUAGACAUCUCUUUAUGAUAUCUAUAGGCUCAGCAGUCGGAAUGGGCUUGUGGCUAGGAUCUGGGUCUUCUUUACAUAAAGGAGGGCCAGUUGGGUUGUUUAUUGGUUAUAUUAUCACAGGUAGUGUAGCUUGGGUACUAAACUUGUCAAUAGGAGAGCUAGCAACUAUGUAUCCAGUUCCUUCUGCCUUUCCAAGGUGGACCACUCAAUUCAUAGACCCUUCUGUCGCACUAGUUGUUGGAUGGAUGCAUUGGUGGGGAAACAUGAUAGGAGCAUCUAACGAAUUAGUUGGAAUGGCCACUGUUAUGAGUUUUUGGGCCCCCAAAAUCAAUCCUGGAGUUUGGAUUUCAGUUUUUUUUGUCACUUUAAUUUUUAUGCAUAUAUUGACUGUUCAUAUUUUUGCUGAGGCCGAAUCUCUUAUGUCUGGGAUCAAGUUUUUUUGGGUUUUCAUUGCAGUGAUAGUUAUGAUUAUAAUUAGUGCAGGAGCGGCGCCUAAAGGUGACCCUAUUGGGUUCCAAUAUUGGAAAUCUCAACCGUUCAAUCAUAAUGGUUUUAAAGGUUUUCUUACAGUUCUAGCGACUUGCGUUUUUUCAUUGGCAGGUAUAGAAAUAGUGGCAUUAGUUGCUGCAGAGUGUAAAUCACCAUUAAAGUCAGUUCCUAUUGCAGUGAAAUCUAUAUGGCUUCGAAUUGCCCUUUUUUAUAUUCUUGGAGCUUUUGUUGUGACCAUUGUCAUUGACCCAAACAACAGUCAGCUUUUGGGCGGUUCGGGUGUCAAUGCUUCUCCCUUUGUUAUUGCUUUUAAAAGUGCUGGGAUUCCAGGUUUAGCGCAUGUAAUGAAUGCAAUUAUUUUAAUUUCAGUUUUCUCAUCAUGCAGUGCUACAUUUUAUGGGUGUCCUCGUAUAUUACUAGGAUUAGUUCAUUUAAAAAUGGCACCUAAAAUUUUCAGUAGGGUAAAUAAAAGAGGGGUUCCUUAUGUUGGCUAUUUAUUUAGCGGAAUGUUGAGUGGAGGUCUUGCUUUUAUAAAUCUCAGUAAUAGCGGUGCUGUUGUGUUUGGUUGGUUCCUGAAUCUUUCUUCUUUAGUUGCUCUCUUGUUGUGGUCUGUUAUUUUUAUAGUUAACAUCAGGUUCAGAAAAGCAUGGAAGGCCCAAGGAAGAAAGAUCGAAGAUCUACCAUGGAAAACUAAUCUUGUACCUUAUACUGCUUGGUACGGUCUUUUUUGGUGUAUUUUAAUCAUCAUAAUUGAGUUUUAUUUAGCGGUAUGGCCAUGGGAUGAUCAAUCGUCUGCAAAAAACUUUUUUGCAAAUUAUAUUUCAAUUGUUAUCAUGAUUGUACUUUAUAUAGGGGCCAAGGUAUAUUUAAAAGGGCCCUUGUUAAUUCCAUUGAAGAGAAUAGAUCUCGAUAAUGGAAGAAUGAUCUACGACGACAACGCCGUAGAGAUAGAUGAUCGAGGAGUGUUUGAAGGAACGAUUAUCGAUAUUAAAGUCUGGCUAAAAAAGUUUUUACGUGUUGAAGAUUCAAAGAUCUAG